AUGCCUUCCCUUCGUUUCCCGCCAUUUUAGUUCUUCAAACCCCCUUGUCCUAAAAUCUAAUCAUGGAUUCAGAGUCUCCAAAACUCCAAUUCACGUAAUUGUCUAGAAAAAUUUAUGGAACAAAGCUUCUUAAUUGAUCUUCUGGCUCUAGUGUAUUUUAUCGGAUUGGUCUCUCAUGGAGACUUCAAGCUCACAAAUUCUCACCUCUCCCUCAGAUCCGUACACGUCUUUCCUCCAAAGAAGCCUCAAAUUCAAAGACCCGUUUACCGGAAAAUCGAUCCAUGCUCGAAUUAUCAAAGCCGGGCUUCACCUCGGCGUGUUUUUGAUGAAUAAUCUCAUGAAUUUUUAUGCUAAAACUGGGUUUAUUUCUGAUGCCCACCGCGUUUUCGAUGAAAUGCCUGUGAAGAGUGUCUUCUCUUGGAAUAUUAUUCUGUCUGGGUAUGCAAAAGGGGGUCGGCUUGAGGAGGCCCAUCGCGUUUUCGAGGAAAUGCCUGAGCCUGAUUCUGUUUCAUGGACCGCCAUGAUUGUGGGGUAUAAUCAGAUGGGUCAGUUUGAGAAUGCGAUUGGGAUGUUUCGGGAGAUGGUUUCAGAUGAUGUUCCACCUACCCAAUUCACACUUACUAAUGUUCUUGCCUCGUGUGCCGCUGUAGAGGGUUUGGGCAUUGGGAGGAAGGUUCACUCCUUUGUGGUUAAGCAUGGGCUCAGUAGCUAUAUUAGUGUAGCAAAUUCCCUUCUGAAUAUGUAUGCAAAGUCGGGUGAUCCAGUGACGGCAAAGAUUGUCUUUGAUAGGAUGAAAUUGAAGAGCACUUCAAGUUGGAAUACGAUGAUUUCAUCACAUAUGCAGUCCGGACUGGUUGAUCUUGCUCAGGUCCAGUUUGAGCAAAUGAUUGAACGGGACGUGGUUUCCUGGAAUGCAAUGAUUUCAGGUUAUAAUCAACAUGGAUUUGAUCGAGAAGCACUGGAUAUUUUCUCAAAAAUGCUUAUGGAUUCUUCUUCGAAGCCUGACAAAUUUACCCUUGCAAGUGCUUUAUCAGCUUGUGCCAAUCUUGAGAAUUUGAAACUUGGUAAACAAAUUCAUGCUCAUAUUAUCAGAACAGAGUUUGAUACUUUUGGAGCAGUUGGAAAUGCUCUGAUUUCAAUGUACUCAAAAUCCGGAGGGGUUGAAAUUGCUCGAAAGAUCAUAGAGCAAAGGAUGAUUUCAAAUCUUGAUGUAAUAGCAUUUACAGCCCUCCUGGAUGGAUACGUGAAGCUCGGUGACAUAAACCCAGCCAGACGGAUCUUUGACUCAUUGAGAGCCCGUGAUGUUGUUGCAUGGACAGCCAUGAUUGUAGGGUAUGUGCAGAAUGGCUUCAAUCAAGAUGCAAUGGAGCUCUUCAGAUCCAUGAUUAAAGAAGGGCCCAAGCCAAACAACUAUACACUUGCAACCAUGUUGAGUGUCAGUUCAAGCUUAGCCUCUCUUGAUCAUGGGAGACAAAUCCAUGCAAGUGCCACAAGAUCAGGGAAUGCAUCAUCAGUUUCUGUGAGCAAUGCUCUAAUUACCAUGUAUGCCAAAUCUGGAAGCAUCAAUGAUGCAAGGUGGGUAUUCAAUCUGAUACAUUGGAAGAGAGAUACUAUUACUUGGACUUCCAUGAUUAUUGCUUUAGCCCAACAUGGUCUUGGAGAAGAAGCCCUAACACUGUUUGAGAGAAUGCUGGAGAAUGGUAUUAAGCCUGACCACAUAACUUAUGUCGGUGUUCUUUCUGCCUGUACACAUGUGGGAUUGGUAGAACAAGGCCGAAGCUAUUAUAAUUUGAUGCAGAAUGCACACAAAAUCAUACCGACACCAAGCCACUAUGCUUGCAUGAUUGACCUAUUUGGGCGUGCCGGAUUAUUGCAAGAAGCACAUGCUUUUAUAGAAAAUAUGCCAAUUGAACCCGAUGUUAUAGCUUGGGGUUCCCUUUUAGCUUCUUGUAAGGUUCAUAAAAAUGUGGAGCUUGCAGAAGUUGCAGCAGAGAGGUUGCUUCUCAUUGAACCUGAAAACAGUGGGGCCUAUUCAGCCCUUGCUAAUGUCUAUUCUGCUUGCGGACAAUGGGAAAAUGCUGCUAAUAUUAGAAAGUCUAUGAAGGAUAAAGGAGUCAAGAAAGACCAAGGAUUUAGUUGGGUCCAAAUAAAAAACAAGGUUCAUAUUUUUGGCGUUGAUGAUGGACUUCACCCACAGAGAGAUGCAAUCUAUGAGAUGAUGGCAAAAAUCUGGAAGGAGAUAAAGAAGAUGGGUUUUGUUCCAGACACAGAAUCAGUAUUGCAUGAUCUGGAAGAAGAGUUGAAGGAGCAGAUUCUUAGUCAUCACAGUGAGAAGCUUGCCAUUGCCUUUGGACUGAUAUGUACUCCAGAGAAUACUACCUUGAGAAUCAUGAAGAACCUAAGAGUCUGCAAUGACUGCCAUUCCGCCAUUAAGUUUAUAUCCAAGCUUGUGGGCAGAGAAAUAAUUGUGAGAGAUGCUACUCGUUUUCACCAUUUCAAGAAUGGUUUGUGUUCUUGUCGGGAUUAUUGGUAGGAGUAUGGAACUGGAAAAAGAUCUGUUGUUCAAGUACACAGAAUUAACUAUUUAGUAUUUAUCAUCAAAACAUGAAUGAUGGGAUUUAGCUUUUGCUUGACCUGGCAUCUACUUUAGUGGACUUCCCAGUGGAGUUCCGAUUCAUGGGCAUUGGUGGAAGAUUCUGGGAUAAGCUUGUUGGUCUUCUUGAAUCCUUAAGAAAAUGUAAUUCUUUGCACCACACCAUUGUAGCCUGGAGAACAUACGUCUGCAACCUGAUUCUCAGGAUUUUCUCAACACAGAUGUGAACCAUCAUAAAGAUGUCUCUGCACGCUGACACCUCAGUGCAUGCCUUAGCCCCCACAAUAUUGAAAACUGGUUGCUUUUUUCUGGGGCAGCAGUACUGAACUUCUACCCUCCUGGUAACAUCACGCUAGAGAUCUCAACUUGAAGAUCCAGUUGGAGAUGGUUGUAAGAGUUCUAGAGAUAGCCAAGCCAUUGACCAUUUGACAUAGAGAACUGUAAAGUUGAGGUAAUGGUAAUCACAAACAGAGACAAUGAUAACUGAAUUCCAAUUUUGAUUUUGAUUUUUUUUUUUUU